UAUUGUUAUAAAUACGGACGGGGGGCUGCUGCUGGCCGAGUUUACAUGUUUUCAAGAAAAAAAUUCUGAAUAAAAUACAGCGAAAGCUCCUCAGGAGGUCAUGAAAGAAAUGUCAGCGAGCAGUAACAGUGUGCUUGGCGGGCAGCAGCCCCAGAAACACUAUGGCAUCACCUCCUCCAUCAGCCUGGCCUUCCCCAGGGAGAUAGACCACAUCUACACCCAGAAGCUCAUCGAGGCCAUGAAGCCGUUCGGCGUGUUCGAGGAUGAAGAUGAGCUCAACCACAGGUUGGCAGUUCUGGGCAAACUUAACACAUUUGUCAAGGAGUGGAUCGCAGAUAUUAGUGAGAGUAAGAAUCUUCCACCCUCAGCAGUAGCUAAUGUUGGUGGUAAAAUAUUUACAUUUGGAUCCUAUCGACUAGGCGUGCACACCAAAGGGGCUGAUAUCGAUGCUCUGUGUGUGGCUCCGCGCCAUGUGGAGAGAUCGGACUUCUUUCAGUCCUUCUUCGACAAGCUGAAGCAGCAUGAGGAGAUAAAGGACCUGCGGGCUGUUGAAGAUGCUUUUGUACCGGUUAUCAAGUUCAAGUUUGAUGGGAUUGAGAUUGAUCUCUUGUUUGCAAGACUGGCCCUGCCGUCCAUCCCUGAUAACCUGGACCUACGAGGAGACUCCCACCUGAGGAAUCUCGACAUAAGAUGCAUUCGAAGCUUAAACGGUUGCCGAGUCACAGAUGAGAUCCUGUACCUGGUGCCAAACAAGGAGAAUUUCAGACUGACGCUGAGGGCAAUUAAACUGUGGGCCAAGCGUCGUGGGAUCUACUCCAACAUGCUGGGCUUCCUGGGGGGUGUGUCUUGGGCCAUGCUGGUGGCCCGGACCUGCCAGCUCUACCCCAACGCUGUCGCUGCCACUCUGGUCCACAAGUUCUUCCUCGUUUUCUCCAAGUGGGAAUGGCCCAAUCCUGUUCUUUUGAAACAGCCGGAGGAAAGUAAUCUAAAUCUGCCAGUCUGGGACCCCCGCGUUAACCCCUCGGACAGGUACCAUCUCAUGCCCAUCAUCACGCCCGCCUACCCGCAGCAGAACUCCACCUACAACGUGUCCACCUCCACCCGCACCAUCAUGAGCGAGGAGUUCAAAAACGGUCUAAGUGUCACUGAUGAAAUUCUCCUGGGGAAAGCCGAAUGGUCAAAACUGUUUGAGCCGCCAAACUUUUUCCAAAAGUACAAGCAUUACAUUGUGCUGACAGCCAGUGCGUCCACAGAGGAGAAUCACUUGGAGUGGAUCGGUCUUGUGGAGUCAAAGAUCCGAGUUCUGGUGGGGAAUUUGGAGAGGAACGAGUACAUCACUCUGGCUCACGUCAACCCUCAGUCCUUCCCCGGGUCCAAGGAGAACCGUAACGAGAAUGAAUUUGUCUCCAUGUGGUUCAUUGGGAUCAUUUUCAAGAAGGUGGAGAAUGCGGAGAGCGUGAACAUUGACCUGACCUAUGACAUUCAGGCUUUCACAGACACGGUGUACAGACAGGCCAACAACAUCAACAUGCUGAAAGACGGCAUGAAGAUCGAGGCCACGCAUGUGAAGAAGAGACAGCUUCACCAGUACCUGCCCCCAGAGGUGCUGCAGAAGAAGAAGAAGAGCAUGGCGGAUCUGAACCGCAGCUCCAGCGGAGGGUCGAAGCGCCCCUCCCUGGAUGGCAGCCAGCUGGACAGCUCCAGGGACACGGACUCGGGGACUCCCUUCAGCUCCCCGACCCCUGUGAGCAAGCCCAGGAAGCCGGCCUCUGACACGGACGACGGUAUGAUGUCACCCAAAGCCCCGCCUCUGCUGUUUGUGGACAGCUCCCCAUCUGCAGAGACCACUCCCCACAGACCUGAGCAGGGCAUGUCCAUCCCUGUGAUUGGAUCAAAGCCAGCAGCCCCUCCGGCCAAGCCCACGCUGCCCCCUGCUGGCAGCACCAUUCCCACGGUGGUGGGCAGGAGUGUGAUCCCGCGCCCCGGCUCCCUCGGCACCGCCCAGACCGAGCUGCCCAACGGCGUGGGCGGGCUGGCGCUCAACGGGACAGCCCCCAAGAGGCCCCACUCACCCUCCCUGGAGGAGUCGCCCAAGAGGCUCAAAGACGCCGACAAGCUGCUAUAUGUGGAUGACUCUGCAUUUAAAGAACCAUACCCACCCCCCAGCAAUGGGCAGGACCAAGGGGAUGGCCCCUCUGUGGAGGGUCUGGGAGGAGCCAAGGCCAUGCCAAUCCCAACCAUAGACACAUCGAGAACACAGAGACUACCCAGCAAGGAGCUGCCGGACGCCUCGUCCCCUCUGCCCACCAGCAACCUGCGCGUGAUCAAGAACUCAAUCAGACUCACCCUCAACCGAUAGCGAGGCCUGUGUCCAGGUGACCCUGCGCAGCUGCGAGGUGAGCCCCCUUUGCUUUCUCAGCGCUCACGCACUGCUGGUCCAGGGGCUGCGGAAAGAGCAGGACUGCCAAGGUGACUGCGCUCCGCUCCGCUCAGACCCCUCUCUGCCCCCCUGUGUGGCCGGGACCCGGCAAAUCGCUCCUCAAUAAACGGUAA